ACAACGGAGGAGAGGCUGGUGUGGUGAAUAUCCGCGGCCUUCGGAGUGUUUUUUUAUGUUCUCGGACCAGGAAUACACAAGAUUUACUUCCCACAGCAGAAAAAAACACUGGAUAGAAACACACGGAAAGCCCUCGGUGAUUAAAUGGUGCUGGAGAACUACAGUCCCAAAUAAGGUGCAUCACUUGGAAAAUAUGUAAAGGAGAGAGGUGUCCACAGUUUGCCAGGAGUUGUUUUCUUUAUUUAUCGCUUGACAAUGGCCUACUCAAAUUAUAGCGCCCUAAACCGUGCUCAGCUCACCUUUGAGUACCUGCACACAAACUCGACAACACAUGAGUUUCUAUUUGGCGCUUUGGCUGAGCUUGUGGACAACUCAAGAGAUGCAAAUGCAACAAGGAUUGACAUAUAUACAGAGAAAAGACCUGACCUUCGUGGAGGCUUUAUGCUUUGCUUCUUGGAUGAUGGGACUGGCAUGGACCCCAGUGAAGCAACACACGUCAUUCAGUUUGGCAAGUCCAGCAAGAGGUUCCCUGAGUCCACUCACAUCGGCCAGUAUGGAAACGGUUUGAAGUCUGGCUCAAUGCGAAUUGGCAAAGACUUCAUCCUCUUCACAAAGAAAGAUGACAAAUUAACAUGUUUAUUUUUGUCCCGGACUUUUCACGAAGAGGAGGGGCUGGAUGAGGUAAUUGUUCCUUUGCCCAGUUGGGAUCUGAAAACCCAGCAGCCUCUUACUCAAGACCCAGAGAAGUAUGCAAUCGAGACAGAGCUUAUCUUCAAAUACUCUCCUUUCAAGAGUGAGGAGCAGCUCUUCCAGCAGUUCAAGAAAAUUGAGGGAACCAGUGGUACUCUGGUUAUAGUUUAUAAUCUGAAACUAAUGGACAACAGAGAGCCUGAGUUGGAUGUGCAGACUGAUCACCAAGACAUACUCAUGGCAGGGACACCUGUAGAGGGAGUAAAGCCUGAGAGGCGGUCGUUCCGUGCCUAUGCUGCUGUUCUCUACAUUGAUCCCAGGAUGAGAAUAUUCAUUCAGGGACACAAAGUCAGGACCAAGAGGCUAUCUUGCUGUUUGUAUAACCCUAGGAUGUAUAAAUACACAUCAACACGCUUUAAAACACGUGCAGAACAAGAAGUGAAGAAAGCUGACCACCUUGCGAAACUUGCGGAAGAGAAGGCCAGAGAAGCAGAGAGUAAAGCUCGCGCUCUGGAGUUGAAGUUGGGUGAUGAUUUAUCCAAAGAGGCCAGGGCUGCAUUGAGGAAGGCCCAAGAUUCAGCUUCAGCAUUACGUGCAGAAGCUAACAGAAAACAAGCCAUAUACGCAUCUAAACAGAAAGCACUCAAGGAGCCCAAAGAGCUGAACUUCAUCUUCGGGGUGAAUAUUGAAAGGCGAGACCAGGACGGCAUGUUCAUCUAUAACUGCAGUCGGCUCAUUAAGAUGUAUGAGAAGACUGGGCCGCAGCUGGAGGGAGGAAUGGCAUGUGGUGGAGUGGUAGGGGUGGUAGAUGUUCCGUAUCUUGUGUUGGAGCCAACACACAACAAGCAAGACUUUGCAGAUGCUAAAGAGUACAGACAUUUACUCAGAGCAAUGGGAGACUACCUAGCUCAGUACUGGAAGGAUAUUGGUAUAGCCCAGAAAGGCAUUGUGAAGUUCUGGGAUGAGUUUGGGUAUCUGUCAGCCAACUGGAAUGCUACACCUUCAAAUGAUGUCAGGUUCCGUCGACGCAGGGCCAUGGAGAUUCCUGUCACAAUACAGUGUGAUAAAUGUUUGAAGUGGCGUACAUUGCCGUUUCAAAUGGACGCUGUGGAUAAGCGUUACCCAGACAGCUGGGUCUGUCUCAUGAACCCUGACGGAGCACAGGACAGGUGUGAUGCACCUGAGCAGAAGCAGAAUAUACCUGUCGGUAUCUUGAAGAAAGACACCAAAACCUCAGAAGACAAACAGAAAGAGCUCUCUGAUAAAAUCCGUCAGCAGCAGGAGAAAUUAGAAGCCCUACAGAAAACCUCGACGGUAAAGUCAGCAGCAGAUGUGAAGCGGCUCCCUCUAGAGGUCAGUGGAAAGCUUGCAGAGGAGCGUACAGCACAGACUGCUACUCGGUCAUCCCAACGCACACUAGCUCGACCACGCUCACCUCCGCUUCCUGCUGUGGUCAAAAGAGCAGUCAGUCAGUCUCCUGCAGCUAAAACUCCACCCCCUAAACCUACACCUCCUUCACGUCCAACGAGAACUCCUCCUGCUCCCCCACCUCCAGCCAAAGCCAAACUGACACCCACCUCAUCUCCCAAACCAGUAAAACCCACUUCUAGAGCUGUGACAACACCUCCACUUUCAAAGCCACCAACUCGCAGGAGCGCAAUCCAGACUCGCACUACACCAUCCUCCACAAAGACGACCAGCAGACAAACUUCAGCUAGCAAGAGAGGAAGUGCCAAGAAGGGUAAAGCUCAAGAAGAAGAUGAUGAAGAAAGUGAAGAAGAUGAAGAAGAAGAGGAGGAAGAAGAAGAGGAAGAGAGCGAAGAAGAGGAGGAGCCGCAACCUAAAAAGUCCAAACUGACAGCACCUGUUCAGAGUCGUGGAAAAGGAGCAGUAGAAAAGAAGGUCCCUCCAGUCAAACAAGCAAACAACACAGAGAAAGUCAGCAAUAGUACUGAAGAAGAUUUGAAACAAGACGCUGUGAAAAAUGCCCAUAAAGAUAAAGGCAUACAGGUGGAGGCGAAGGUGAACGGAGAGUGGUUCACUGGCCGAGUGACUGCAGUAGAGACGGGGAAAGAGAGUGUGCGCUGGAAAGUGAAGUUUGAUUAUGUCCCCAUGAACACUCCAAGAGACCGCUGGGUGUUUAAAGGCAGUGAUGAUGUCCGCCUCAUGCGCCCUGCUUCACCAGAAUCACGGAGUCCAGACACUAAUCAGGUUCCAGCACGGUCUGUGACACCGCCCACGGCAGCUGAACCUGAUACGACCCAGAGCGGGCCAAGCAGGGAAACUACAGAGGGCCUUGUUACCAUGAUGAGGACAUUGCUGCGGUACUUUUUCCCACCUGAUUUUCGAAUCCCAAAAGACUCUCUAAAUACAAUGAGUGCUGAGGACCUUGUGGCUUUCCCCAUUAAAGAGUAUUUCCAGCAAUAUGAGGCAGGGCUGCAGAGUCUAUGUAACUCAUACCAGAGCCGUGCCGAGUCUCGAGCUCGGGCUGUAGAAGAGAAGAGCAGCGGAGCAGAGGCCAGGCUCAGAGAAUCUGAAGAGAAGCUCCGCAAGCUUCGAACUAACAUUGUCGCACUGCUGCAGAAAGUCCAGGAGGAUAUUGAAAUCAGCAGCGAUGAUGAACUGGAUGCCUAUAUUGAGGAUCUGGUCACCAAGGGCGAGUGAAACACUGCAGCUAUUACUCCAUCUUACCCGUCCUGCGAUGUUCUGGUUUGAUCGUGGUCACAGUUUCCCUCCUUGUUUAUCCAUAUCCUCCAUUCAUUUAAUUCUCUCAUGUUGGAUGCCACUUCAUUUCCUUUUUUCCUCCGCUAUUGACCUGAGGUUAAAGACGCAGGCAGUAUUUUCACCACUGAACGAUAGAUCAUUUUUUAAAACAAGGCUCUUUCCCCUGGCUGAUUAACUUGCAACAUGUACACUUUGAUUUUAUGGACCAAAGGAGCUGAAAAGCCUUGUAUUUUACAAGUUUCACAGAAAGUAGCGUCUCUGUUUCUCCUCAUUUGGAUUUAUAUUACUGCAUAUUUGUUUUGAGAGGUGCUUGUGGGCUUGGCGGUUUAAAGCCUUGUACUCGGUUCUGAAUAGCUCCUCAGUUUAUCAGUAUGGGCCUCCACAAAGAAGGCCCUUUGCAAAUCAGUAUAACGGUAAGUGGCUUCAGAGAAUGUCUUCUCUGAUUCCUGGUCGCUGCUAAAAAAAAUUUUGUCUCUACAAUUUCAGUGACUUUCUGUUGCCUGUGUCUUUCAUACAUGAGUGUGGGGUCCAGUACAACAGUUUUUCUUCUUUUUGAAUAAAUCUAGAGCUGUUUACCCCCUUGUUCACAACAUUUAGUUACCAUCUUUAUAUCUAAGUAUAUUUUUAAGCAGUUUUAAGAAAAUGUUCCAAUAAAAAUUCAGGAUGUAUAUGGGAA